UUCAGCGACAGCAAAAUAAGAACGAUCGUGUCAUUCUGCAAGGUUGACCAUUUGGCGUGUUUCAGUACCGUACCAACUUUCGGUCAGAAAUGUCUUGGGUACCGCCGAAUCUGUCGGAGGCCUGUCUGGUGCACACCAACUUGACAACGUGCCAACCAUCGACGUUCUUCUUCUUACAGCUGGUUACGAAUCUGUUCGGUAGAUCGCAAGAUGCGCCGCAGAACGAUUUUGACCAUGAUUUUUCCGAAUUUGUGUUCAGUAAGGGGGCUGGGUUUUUCGAUGAGAAGGGUUCUGGUGGUGAGCCGAAGAAAGAGGACAUGUAUGAUUUUAUUGUGAUUGGGGCUGGAAGUGGAGGGUGCGUUGUUGCCAAUAGACUUUCGGAGAUUUCGAAAUGGAGGGUUCUACUCCUAGAAGCGGGAGAUGAAGAACCCGACGUCACCUCUGUACCUGCCUUGUCCCCAGUGCUCCAGAGAUCCAGCAUCGAUUGGGGCUACAUGACCCAACCGCAAGCCCACAGCUGCUUAGCCAGAAGAAACCAACAAUGCGCUUGGCCAAGGGGCAAAGUCAUGGGAGGCUCAUCUGCCAUAAACUACAUGAUUUACAUCAGAGGUAACCCUGGAGAUUAUGACGAGUGGGCAGCCUUAGGGAAUCACGGUUGGUCUUACCAAGAAGUACUACCCUACUUUAAGAAAUCCGAGAACAACCAUGAUGAAGAGGCUCACGACAAACACUUCCAUGGUACCGGAGGAUACCUCAAUGUGGAAAGAUUCCCUUACCAAGACGAGAACGUGAAGAUAGGCUUCGAGGCAUAUAAAGAGCUCGGUCUGGAGGUUAUCGACCAAAAUUCAGAUCGCCAAAUUGGUGUCAUGCUACUACAACAUACAGUCAAGCACGGCGUUCGACAAAGUACAAAUACUGCCUUCAUAAGACCCAUUCGAAAAAAAAGGACUAACUUAAAAAUAGAAACAAGAGCUCAUGUUAUAAGGAUUCUGAUCGAUCCAAAAACCAAGGUGGCAUACGGCGCUGAGUAUCUGAAGAACAACCAAAUGGUGAGAGUCUUCGCGAAGAAAGAAGUUAUUUUAUCUGCUGGGGCACUCAACUCGCCUAAAAUCCUCAUGCUGAGUGGUGUAGGUCCAGCCAAACAUUUAGAAGAAAUGGGUAUCGAAACAUUGAAAGAUCUUAGUGUGGGAGAAAACCUUCAAGAUCAUCCAACACCAGAUGGUGUUAUAUUUGCCUUAACGAACAAAACCGCUACAACAGCGACAGACGAAGAACGAGAAGCAGACUUGUACAGGUUCAAAGAGCACCAUGAUGGACCUUUUUCGGCCACUGGUACCGUUCAACUGAACGCUUUCAUCCAAACUAAAUACGAAAAGUCUUAUGACAGACCAGAUAUUCAACUGACCUUGGAUGUGAUAAACGUUGCAAAUUUCAUCGAAGAUCCUAUUUUAACGUACGAGACAAACGUACUACCUUUGGCCUACUAUGAUGGUUUGGUACUAAGACCGAUUCUUCUCAAUCCAGAAAGUCGAGGAUAUAUAAGACUAAACCAGUCUGACCCCAUAUACGGUGCACCUAUGUUUUACGCAAACACUUUUUACGAAAGAAUCGAUCUCCUCAGAAUUGUCGAGGGGAUCAAGCAAGGUCUGAAUUUGUUACGUACACAUGCCUUCAGAAAGGUUGGCGCUAGAUUAGUAUCGAAUUCUCUGCCUGGUUGUGAAAAUCAUGAAUUUGGCACUGAUGAAUACUGGGAAUGUAUUAUCACCCUGUAUACCAACACAAUUUACCAUCAAGUUGGUACUUGCAAGAUGGGACCAAAGGAUGAUAAAACUGCUGUGGUUGACCCUGAGUUAAGGGUGUAUGGCAUUAAGAAUUUGAGGGUGAUAGAUGCUUCGAUCAUGCCAAAAGUUGUCAGAGGAAACACUAAUGCUCCUACGAUAAUGAUUGCUGAAAAAGGAAGUGAUAUGGUGAAGCAUUCUUGGUUAGAUAAGUCUGCGCAUCCAGCAUCUGCAAAAGAGUUAGUUAGUUGCGUUGAUGAUUUCUUCAAAGGUUUUAGUUUCGGCUUUAAUUGUAGACGGUGAUGAGUUUCUAGUGAGUAAAAACCUCCCUGAUCAAAGUGAACUAUAUAAUGAUGAACAAGAGUUAGAAGAAAAAAAUACUGUUGGGGAAUUGAAAAAAGUGAUUAUUCAAUUGAAGUACGAAAUAUUGCUAUAGAAUUUAUGCCAUUUUUACCUCAAAAAUUUAGUAGCGCUGUAAUGGAGUUGAUGUUUCAGUUACUUCAAUAAGAUAAUAAGAAAUGUUAAUUUGAAUGAAUUCUACUUCUUCGAGUAAUUACUGAAUGUACUUAUUUUACUUCCUUGAAGAAGUACUUAAUUCAUCGGAUUUGGAAUGACAUUCAAAACGUAGUUCCAUAAAUACACAUAAAAUGAAAACUAAUUGUUUCCCCAAUUUUUAAUUGUGAUGGUAGUCACUAUCAAAUCAUUUUCAUGCUCCAUUCCAGUUAAUUUUGGGAUCCACCAUAAAAUUCAAAGCAGAAACAAUAAAUUAAUCAGUCAAUGAAAGUGUUGUGAUACAUUUUGUAAAUAUAUCCAUAUAAUGUCUAGUUCAUUAUUUUCAAUGUUAAACCUUCUCGAAGAAAAACUUUCUGAUCUAAAAACAAAUUGAUUGUCAUUGAAACUGAAGUACCUGUUGUACAUACAAAUAGCAAAUAUGCAGACAAUUUCCCAGAAUUAAUUUCCUCAUGAUCUAAGCAAGAAUGAUAAUGAGUCGUUCGAUUUUACUUUUGAAUCACGAGUAAGAAAUAUCGAUAUUAUAAUUAUUAUGCUUGUAACCUAUUUACCUAGUAACAAGAUUAAUUGAACAAUUUUUGUUGAUCUGUCUAAUCUAAUUUUGGAAUGUUGUUUAGCGAUUCGAAGGUUGUUAUCUGUUGCAUUCAUCUGUUUCAAUAACAAUUCCUUCAAUUAAAAUGAAUAUGAACUGUUUUAUACAGCUGUCAUUUGUAAUUGGGUGUUAAUGAGAAUAACUGCCAUCAAGAUAAUUAGUAAUAAUUAGAUUUUUUCUACAUCAAUGGUUUUUCCUAUAUGUUUCAACUAUGUUCAACUACACUUUUUCCAAUUGUAAUUCAGAAAACGAAACAUGAGAUUCAGAAAAGCAAAUUGAAUUUGAGAAGAUGGAAAUUGUAAUUGAGAAUAGGGAAUUCGAAAUUUUGAAAAUAAACUUUAUAUUCAGAAACGUUAAUUUGUCUAUCAGAAUAGCAAUAUGUAAUUCAGAAAAGAAAAGAUUGAUUUUUAGAAAAUAUGAAUUGGAAUUUGAUAAUUUGGAAAAUAUAAAUAGGAGAGCCCACAAAAAGGCUCAGGAUCAAAAGGUGUUAUCUUGAUGCUCUUAUCGCUUUUUCGAUUCCUUCAAUACCACAAUGCUGUGGUAGCAUUAUUUAUGUAAUACCUGUGUUGCAUAUUGUACUGGUACCUCACAUUCGAUAGGACUUUUCUGAAUUAAAUAUUAUAUUAUCUGAAAUUGGAUUCUGCAAUACAAUUUUUUUUUUCUGAAAUAUACUUUGCUGUUUCUGAAAUUCAAUUCAUUAUUCUGAAUUACAACUUUUUUUUCUGACUUGCAACUUCCUUAUCCGAAUUUCAAUUUCGUUUCUCUGAAAUGAACCAUUCUCAAAUCCAUUGAACAUUCCGAAUCUAAAAUACACGUUUCCUUCUCUGAAAAUGAACUUUCUUCUCUGAACUACAAUUAGAAAAGGAGUAGAAUUAAUUUUAACCAUUGAAAACAAAAUUUUGAAAAAUUAUUAUAAUUAUAAAUUCGUCAAUGUAACGGAAUGGAAGAGCAACCUGUUCUGAUAACAAGCACUAAAGAAAGGCUUUUUCAGGGAAAAUUAAUAUUAUAUCGGAUUUAAAUAUGGCCACCAUAACUACAUAUUCGAAAUAUGAUAUACUUAUUGUGCAACUCAAAUCAGUAUUGCAGUACACAACUGACGCAUGUAAAAUCUUCCUUGAGGGAAAAACAAAAAAUAAUAUUUGUAAUUGAAUUAUUUUCAGAGAUCAAGUGGUAUUUUUCCUGAAUACUUUCAAUCAUAACUUCAACAACUUAUUGUCACUCUAUUCAUUAUGAUGAAUAAUAAAGGAAAAUUUCACAGUGUACUCAUUUGAAUACUGUUCUGAACAGAUAUACGAAAACACAUGAAAAAGAGAUAAAAAUUCACAUGCAUUAUAAGAUUACACUGCACAACAUCCGUGAAGUUCCAUAAAUCUGUUUUAAACCAUUUCAAAUAUUGACACACCAAAUCUUAAUUACAUAAAGCGUAAUUUAUUAUUCGAAAUUAAAAAAACAACCAGGAUCCAACUGCAUAUAAUAACGGCCAAUAUCAGAAAUCAGCACAUUCGAAAAAGUAACAACAUUCAGCUACAUCAAGUUUUUUUUUUCAAUUUGAAACAUGAAGGUAUUCCUGAUUUUUUGCCUAGUGAGUUUAUUGUUUAUUAGUGCCACAAAGGGCGAUUGUCCUAAACGUAAUUACGCUUGUGUGGAUGCUAAUGGGAACCAGAGAGGGAUGGUAUGCGGUGGAUCUUGUUAUAUAUGGUACAAAAUGUCAUGUCAACCUUGUUAUCACUGGCCAAUCAACGCAUGUCGUGGUAGAUUCGGAUUGGACAUCGCCAAUGCAAGAAUGUUAGACUCGACUUGUUGAAGAACUGAAAAAAUGAUGAUUUUCUCGUUAGAGAUCAUUAGUGACGAUUUGGCUUUAAAAUUAAUAAAAUAAGGAAUAAUUUA